UUUUCACUUCCCUCAUUUGCCUUUGAAGAAACACUUGAAAAGUCCAGCAAACUUUUUAAAAUUCUCAUUUCCCAGCCAUCAACCACAUUGCCGCAACUCGGCUCCUGAGGCAAUAAAGACCAUGGAGGACGACCAUAUUCUUCUCCCACCAACUGGUUCUGCAAGACAACAAGCAAGCAAUUCUUGCAGCAAGGGGACUGCCUACACUAUCUUUUCUCUCCUGGGGGUCUUGCUCCUCGCUGGCCAGGCUGUGACCGUCUACUUUGUGUAUCAGCAUGACAACCAGAUCACCAAGCUGAACAAGAACACUCAGCAACUGAAACUGGACUCCCUGACCGGCAGCAUCUCUAAAAAUGUCCAAAGAUCAGGCCCAAAGAUGGCAAUAGCCAAUGUGAUGCCUUUGGCCCUGAAUGAACAUGAGUUUUUGCAGAUGGAAAAGAAGCUGACUAAUAGCACCGAGGAUCAAGUCAAACGCAUGCUCUUGCGAGAAAACCCAACCAGAAAUUUUCCUGAAUUAAAAAGCAACUUCAUGGAAAAUUUGGGACACCUGAAGAUCCACAUGGGUUACAAUGACUGGAAGGAGUUUGAAACCUGGAUGCACAAGUGGCUGAUCUUCCAAUUGGCCCAAAAAGCGGAUAACGAAAAAGGGAAAACCAAGUGCCAGAAGGAAGAGUGUGUUAAAGGUGUCCAUAUAGGAAAAUUAUGUGCCCAUUGUGAUAAAAAGGGGAACUAUCUGCCUAUGCAGUGCCAUUCCAGCACCGGCUAUUGCUGGUGUGUCUACAAAGAUGGUACCGAAAUUGAGGGCACUAAAAUCAGAGGACGUCCAAACUGUACUGGGAUAACUAAUCAGAGUGGACCACCAGCCCGCCCCACUCGCCGCCUCCCUGCAAUAAAUGCAACAAAAGCCCCCCAAGGCAUUUUGGAUCCUGAGAAUGCGACCUAUUCUGGAGACCAAUACUGAUGGAUCUUUUCAGAAAAUAUGAAACAAGGAAGCCAGCACAUUGGCCUAAGAAAGCCAAAUUGUCUUGGGCUUUUUUCACUUUUGCUCUGCUUGGAUGCUGAUUUCAAGGAUUACUGUAAAAGGAAUCUGCUUCUAAAUUUUUCAGUUUAAGAAUUAUCCUUAAAUGAAAAGGAAGGUAGCUUAAUUAUUACUGUCAACAAUGCUCAGUACAGAAUUAUUCUUUUAGAAAAGUGACCUAUGCUUAUCAAGGACAACAAAUAAGAAAUUAGGUAUUUCCCUGUAUAAUCAGUUCAUGCCCACCCUCCUCCCAUUCUGAUGGUUAAUCAGUUAAGAUCACUGUGCAAAUAUUUCAACAUCAAUCCUGUUCCACAUGUCCACUUACCAUCAAAUAGGAAUUUAAAAUACGACAAAGAUGCCAUUUCUCCAAAACGCUUUCUUUGCAAGGUUUAUUUCCCUCAGAUUGCCUCUCCUGAUUUUACAAAGCCCACCCAUUCAUAUCAUUAUUUACUUCAUUAUUUUCUCAACCUUGGCAGCUUCAAGGAAGGACUUCAACUCCUAGAAUUUGAAGUCCACCCAUCUUGAAGCUAACAAAGUUGAUAUGCGCCAAUUUACUAUAUUUUAUGUGAAUGAUUAGAACAAAAUCUCUAAAACAACAUUCCUGAAUUGGCGUCUUCCAGAUGUAUUAUCACAAGGUCAGAGAUCUAGGCCAGCAUAUUUGAUGUUACUCUUUAAAACAGUUUUUCUUAAUCAUGGCAAUCUAAGAUGUUUGGGCUUCAACUGAGCCAAGAAUUACUAAGGUGGAGAAAUGUUCUGGGGAUUCUGGGAGUUGCAGUCAUCUGGCAGACAUCAGGAUGGGGCACAGUAUUUUACAGGGGAGACAUCCUUACUUCCAGAAAGACCAACUUUACUAACUGGAUGGCAUAGGUAGCAUGUUUUUUUCCCCCAAGAAAAGCUUAGUAGAGUAUUAGAUUUUGGCCUGCUGACGUGUAUUCAUGCUUUCUUUAAGAAUAUCCUUAACAUAAUCUUUAGAAUAGUUAUUGAGCAAGUUAAGAUAAGCAAAGAAGUCUUUAAAACAUACUUCUAAUUGAUGAUAGGCUCUCACGUUUAUAUACCAAUCAUAGUCUAUGGUCUGUUAAUGAUGCACACUGAAUAUAUAAUCACUGAUAACAAACUAAGAUGAUUUUAAUUGUAAGCUUUUGCAAAAUAAAAAAGUAACCAAUUAAUGAA